UAGAACAGACGCUCAACAAAACUAUUUCAGCUCGAUAAAGUCUUUAAAAAUGGCAAGAUUACGAAACUCAGUUGGAUACCUUUUCCUUUUUAUUUGUUCCGUGUUUGCAACUGAAAUAUCUGCAAGUAGCGGACAAGUAUGCAGGAAGGAAAAAAAUACAAGAGGUCGACACUUCCUGGUGACUUUUCCCCCCUUUUAUAGUGGUGGCUCUGACAAAGAAUGUAUCAUAUAUAUAGCAAGCGAAGGCCACGGAAACGCAUUAAUUACUAAACACGUGGAUCAGACAACGACACAAAUUGGAAACUACAAUUUAUCCAAAGGGGUUGUUCACGUGAAAAUAGACUGUGCGUCAAUAAUACAAUCAUCCGUGGGAAGGAAAAUAAAGGUUAUUGAAGUGGAAACUACUACUGAUGUUGCCGUUUAUGCAGCAGGAUAUAAAUUACAUAGUGCAGCGACGUAUGUAGUAUUUCCAUCGAAAACUCUUGCCAACAGUUAUGUCAUUCCAACAUACAAAACAGUCUCUUCAAAUUGGUAUAAUUACAUUCUCAUAACAAGUUUGAAUAAUGACACCACUAUAACAGUCACUAAUUUCAAUGGCAACCACAGUGAAAAACUAAAUAAACUAGAGAGCUACACUCAACGAACAGCACAAGACCCGAAUGUUUCUAGUGUGACAAGUAAUAAAGCCAUAAACAUUUUGUAUGGUUGUAUGUGCACUACGGUUCCAAGCAGAUUAGGAAUAGAUUGUGACGGACUGUAUGACUCUCAAGUUCCGGUUAGAUAUUUCGGAACUACUUUUAUUAUUUCCCCUGUGAUACCAAAAUCUGGUUACGCGGUACGUUUAUAUGCCAACACAACUUCCGCUACAGUGAGUGUAAAAUAUUCAAAUACCACUUCGCAAGGAAGUGUAUCAUUCACAGGAAUGCAUGAGCUCCAAUUUGGAACGGACGCUACUGUAAUAACAUCGGAUAAACCUUUGAAUGUAAUACAGUAUGGAUACACUGCUAAGAGAUCUGAUCAUGUAGACUAUGGGGACGCAUUCAUGGCUUCUGUGCCGGCGGUUACACACUUUAGCAAUAACUACGUAUUCCCUACGCCAUUUCCGGACAAAAACUUUACUUAUAGGAUAGCAGUAACGAUACAAAACAAUCACUUCAACGGUCUUCUUCUUGAUGGCAGGAACGUGUCAAGCAUGAACAAUCAAGGAACGUGGACUCCGCCGUCACCAUUCAACAAUUUCACUAUAGUUACGCUGGAAUUGUCCCCUGGUAACCACAUACUUAAUCAUCUAUCUCAAGAUGCAAGAUUCUCAGUGUUACUGUAUGGUUUGAAACAAAAGUAUGGCUUCGGAUUGUAUUUAGGAUUUUCCUUCGCCGAUAAGGAUUCAGAGUAUACAUGCGAAAAUGGUGGAUAUAUUUCCGGAGAAGGAAACUGCACGUGCCUUAAUGGAUUUACUGGUCACAAUUGUGAGCAUAAUAUUGACGAAUGUAGCUCAAAUCCAUGCAAGAAUGGCGCCAGGUGUGUUGAUGGGAUCGCAAGUUACAAGUGUGUAUGUAACUCCGGAUACACUGGUUCCAACUGCGGAACAGAUAUUGACGACUGCUAUACCAGCCCGUGUAUGAACGGAGCAACUUGUGUUGAUGGAGUCUCAAGAUAUUCAUGUGUGUGUAAGCAUGGAUACACUGGUCACAAUUGUCAAACAGAUAUCGACGAAUGCAGUAGCAAUCCUUGUAUGAAUGAUGGAACAUGUACCGAUGAAAUAUCAAGUUACAGAUGUGCAUGUCGUCCCGGAUAUACCGGUCAGAACUGCGAAACAUCACUGCAGACAAAGGAUCUGACGUGUUUCUCUUGCGAUUACACGUCUGCCCCGUCCUAUUGUGACAACAUAGAAUAUUGCUCUGGUGACAAGAUGUGUUUCAUUGAACGUUUAACACAUUCCCAAGGAUACCAGUACUACAAGUCCGGAUGUAAAGAUAGACAGAUCUGCAGCCAGGAAAGCCAAGCUGAUGCACAAUCCGGCAAAUCCUGCUUGCAAUGUUGCGAAGGCAGUUUUUGCAACUCGCAAGGUUGUGGAGACCACGGCCUACCACCUAUAGGGACAAGGGGCCCGUUGUGCCUAGACUGUUCAUUUGUCAGUGAUCCUAAACUGUGUCACAAGGUCGCAUUCUGUUCUUCAGAUGAGAAAUGCCACAUUGAAGAAGUGGGAUGGGGAUCGAACUUCAUAUACCAUCUUGGUUGCAAGUCCAGUCAUGAAUGUGCAUUUGAAGAAUCCAACAGAAUGGUCAGCUCUAACACUAUUACGUCACGGUCCUUGCCUGCAUGUGAAAUGUGUUGCGAUGCAGAUUUUUGCAACCGGAACUGCACAAAGCAUGAUACCGACAACCAGCAAGCCAUCAUUGGAUAAAAGAACUAUGUCAUGUUCUUUUCUAAUUAGUGACGUCAUUUAUGAUGUCAUUUAUUUUUUCAUUUUUUUGUUGUUGUUUUUUCGAGUGGCUAAUUAUGCCAAAUUAAGAUAGUUUUCGAAUUAGUGACGUCAUUUAUGAUGUCAUUUCCUUUUUUUGUUUUUCUUCUCUUUUUAAUUAUGAUGUCAAAUUAAGAUAGUUCAGGUACUAAAACUGUUAUUUUUCUAACAACAUUAUCCGCCAUGUUUCUUUUCAUUCUCGCCAUGUUGCUAAAAUUGAUUCAAAAGUUAAAGUGUAUAAAUUUACUCUGUAUGAAAAUCAUUCAAGUGCUAAGAUACAUGUAGGAGUGAAAAUUAAUUGGAUCAAGGUUGAAAUGAAAUAAAAGAACAUUUUAUCUGAUUACUUUCAUUAUUUAUGCAUUUAUUUUUAUUGAGUCGGCUAAAGGCUGAAAGCCUUUUGACGAGUCCUUGCUAUCCAACGAUUCUCUAAAUGGACCAAAUAACACAGUGAAGGGAUGUAGUUCCAUUAGAUUUCUCAAACUUCAAUCAGUUCACUGCAUGAAUGAAGUUAAGUUGUGUCAAUUCCCUUUGCUAUGACCAAUAUAUGAUGUAAUCUGUCAUAUUUAUGACUUGUAAUUGUGCAAUUCUCGAAUGUAACUCAUUAAGCAUAAAUGUGCAUUUUAAGAAUUGCGCAGGCUUACAAAGCUUGGGUAACAUCCAGCGAAAGACAAAAAAUAGUUCCACAGGGCUCCAGAUAAGAUGCGUAUUAGCGUAAAUUACGUAUAGAAAUAAUGCAAAUACGCAUGUCUAAUAAUUUCUAAGCGUAUAAAAACGUAUAUAAAAUUACAGAAACGCACACAAUGCUUUUUUAAAAACAAAAUCUGAAUCGUCUGGAUGCGUUAGGUAACAUAGCCGAUCAGCCUUAAGUCUCCCACAUUGAACGUAAACACGCAUCGUAUGAUUUCUAUAAACUUUGCGUGGGUUGAAUUUUGCAGUCAGUAAACGGAUAAAUUAUCGGAAGAAGAAGCUCUUACUGGUUUGUUUAGUUACUACUGAUAUUAAAAAUGAUUUUAAUUCUUAUUUUUCGAGAAAUAAACAAAUCGGCGAAACAUUAAAUUGUAUUUUCUUGUAGUUUUUGAAAUCGAAAGUAGAUCGUCUAUGUUUGGCUGCUUUCACGAAACGAAAUAACUUUUUUAUGAAAAGAUUUAAAUAAGAGGUAAUUUAACCGUAAACUUCAAUGUCAGAUACUGCCAAUUGCUGCUAAAUGUCUUCGUAUCAUCACAAUUUGUAAAAUAUAUUGUUCAAACUGGAGAAAAGUGUAAUCGUAUCCGGAUAUAAUAUUUUGGGUAAAUAUCGAGCUGUGUUAUGAAAUUUUAAGAAAAAAACUAAAAACAAACUGAAACUGGUAGACUAUACUGUCAGUACAUCAAUCAUUAGCCGACUCAGGCCAUUCAGGCCUUUGAUUUAUAAUAAUUUGCAUUAAUCGAUAUAUCAUUCAAUGGUAAAAAUAGUGUUAUUAUUACAUUUUGAUUUGAGUGUACAAGAGAGGAACAAAAGUUUAGUGAUAUACAAUUUCAUUUUGCGAUUAGCGAUAAUUUACAGUAAUUGAACGGACUACACGAAUUGGAUAGUUUUAAUUUUGAAUUGAUUUUUCCAAUAUAAAUAUUCUGCAUUAUAUAAAUAUCAGAGGGUGUUCACUGUGUAUAGUUGAGCUUUGAAGGUCGUAUGGUUUCAGUUAUGAAUGCAGCUGAUUGCAAACUUCUUUUUUUUUUCAUUAAUCCCUCAACAAACGUCUUUAUAUUUCCUCGAUCCUUCUAGUAGAUGUCUAUAGAUUCAGCAGUCUCUCUAGAAGACGUCUCUAAAUUUCAGAAAUCAUACUAGCAGACGUCUGUAAAGUUCAACAAGCCUUCAGGCAGACGUCUUUACAUUUCAUCUUUCACUCUAGUAGACGUCUUUAAAUUUCAAACGCCCUCUAAAAGACGUCUUUAGAUUUUAGCAAGCCCUCUAUUGGCAAUUUUACAAAUGUUACCAUUAAAGUCGGUUAACUGUCAUUUAACUCUGCUAUUUAUACGUAAUAAGACGAUUAAG